AUGGACCACCAACAGCAGUCCUCAAAGACAAAUACAGCAGACAACAUCAAUACUACCAAAGACUACCAACUUGACUAUUCAAAUAGACAUCCUAAAAAACAACGACACGAAAGCUCUUCUC